AUGACCACCUCCGUUGGAAUAGUCGGUGCUGGCUUGGUCGGGUGUCUUACAGGAUUGGCUCUAAACGCCAAAGGCUUCGAUGUAACCAUAUUCGAGUUGAGGCCUGACCCCAGGAAAGAGAACUCCAGAGCAAGCUUACGGUCUAUUAACUUGGCAGUGAGUGAUCGUGGAAUUAGAGCAAUGAGGCAGAUUGAUAAGGACCUUGCUGAAAGAGUGCUUCAACAUGUGAUUCCUAUGAAGGGCCGGAUGAUCCAUGAUGCUUCUGGAAAGAAACAGGAAUCCCAGAUCUACGGGCUUUUCGGGGAGACGAUCAACUCGAUUGACCGUCUUUUCUUGAAUAAGGUGCUUCUUCAGGAACUUAGCAGGGUUCGUGUGAAGGUGUUCUUUGAGCAUAAGCUUGUUAAUAUGGUCAAUGGAGAGCAGCCUGAGUUGCAGCUUGCAGCUAAGGAUGGGAUCGAUAAGAAGGUGAAAUUUGACUAUGUGAUUGGCGCUGACGGUGCCCACUCUCAGUUUAGGUACCAGAUGCAAAAGGGCAUGAGGAUGGAUAUCAACCAGCAGUAUAUCGAUAUGCAAUAUUUGGAGCUUUCCAUUCCUCGUGUGGCGGGUGCAGCUACAAACCACCCGUCUCGGUUUGCUAUUGACCCUAAUCACCUUCAUAUUUGGCCAAGGAAGGAUUUUAUGUUGAUAGCGUUGCCUAAUGAAGAUGGACUGUUCACACUGACGUUUUUCAGUCCGUGGUCUGUCAUGGAGCUGUUUAAGCAUAAUGCAGACCUGUUUUUGGCGUUCUUCAAGCACCAUUUCCCCGACGCUUAUGAACUUAUUGGUGAAAAACGUCUCAGCUACGCUUUCAUCCACCAACCUAGGUGCCUGUUGAUGCAAGUAUCUGUAAACCCAUACAGCAGUCCUAACCAUAGAGCGCUUAUUAUUGGUGAUGCCGCCCAUUCUAUGGUGCCGUUCUAUGGCCAAGGAAUGAAUUGCGGUUUUGAAGACGUUCAUGUCUUGAUGAAGCUUUUGGAAAAGAACCAAAAGAACCUUUCCAGGAGUUUUGCACAAUACACAGCCGAAAGAAAGGAGGAUCUUGAUGCUAUUUGCAAGCUAGCGCUUGAUAACUACUACGAGAUGUCCACAAAAGUCAUUGAUCCUUUCUACCUCUUGAGAAAGAAGAUUGACUACGUUUUGGGUAAGCUUGGUAGAGGCUUCCCCUUUACGUGGAUCCCCAUGUACACUAUGAUCUCGUUUAGAGGUGAUAUCCGCUACUCGGAUGCGGUUAGGCGGGAGAAGAAGCAGGCCAAGAUCUUAAGAUGGCUCCAGAACGGUUCCUUGGUGAUUAUUGCCAUUUUGAUAGCCUUUCACGCCAAGAAGCUUCGGCGAUUUUUAAAACGCUGA